AUGCUCAGUCUAUUCCGGAGAUUCACUGCCAAAGCAAAAACCUUGCCCUUGCCGCCCUCCGAGCGAGGUAGAAAAGGCCUAGAGUCGGGCCGCCUGAUAGAUCUGGAGAAUGAGAUAGCAAAGCUUCCGCGAUACCAUCCUGAAAGUUGUCCUGAUGGCUUGAUUGACUUGUCCGGUGCAGAGAACGACUUGAUGUUGGAAUAUAUGGUUGACAAGAUGGAGGCCUUUGCGAAAAAUCGCGAAACUUCAAAAUGUUCAUUUAUCGUUGAUGGUUCUGUAGCAGCAAUCAAGUAUGGAGGUGUGAUGGGAUCCAAUGAACCAGAACUUCUUAUCGCUGUGUCGAGUUUCAUCAACAAGCACUUUUGCCCAGUAAAAGGCGUUCGAUCGCAGGACAUUAUCGUGACAAAUGGCGUCUCCUCACUCCUGGACCUCGCGAUAUUCAACAUCUGCGACCCAGGAGAAGGCGUCCUGGUCCUGACACCCAAUUACGCCAUGUUCCCGCACGAUGUCUGCAUCAGAACAGGUGCCAGGCUCAUCAAUGUCAAUAUGACGGACUGGAACCAUCAAUUUCGUGCCGAAUUUGUCCAUGAUGUGGUCGAAGAACUGGAGAGAACAUGCUCAGAGUCGGAAGCAGGUGGUGUGAGAGUAAAGGCAUUGCUCAUCUCGAAUCCGAACAAUCCAUGUGGAAGAUGCUACCCCAAAGCCACGUUGCUCGAACUUGCUCGUUUCUGCGCUCGAAAAGGCCUCCACUUCAUCUCGGACGAAAUCUAUGCAAUGUCAACUAUUCCAUCUUCGGAAGACAGUCUCGAUCCUUUUACAUCAGUUCUGCAAAUUGCAGAGAACUCGAGGGAGAACAUACAUUGUUUGUAUGGUGCAAGUAAAGAUUUUGGAGCAGGAGGUCUGCGCUUGGGCUUCAUGGUCACUAGGAAUGAGCUAUUCUGGAAGACCUGCCGGCGACUAGCACUAUUCACGUGGGUUACGACGUCUUCAGCGGACUUUUUUGCACACUUCCUCACCGAUCAUGCGGACGAGUAUUUGACCAUCUACCGUGAUCGACUCCGCAAGCGAUACGCUGAUAUCAGUGCACUGCUUCAUGCACAGUCUGUCCCAUUCCAAGCGGCAAAUGGGGGUAUCUUUGUGCUGCUUGAUCUCUCAAAGUGGCUACAGUAUGUUGACGCCGAUGAUUCCAAGGAGAGCAGCGAGGCAAAGCUAGGACGCUAUCUCGCAUACAAUGGUGGUGUAUAUCUCAGCUUCGGAGAGCACUCGCUGAUGUGCUUGACGAUUUUCAGCGACAGCGACUUUCUUGCUCUCGGCGCGACAGAAUGUUCCGCCUCCACUCUGGCCGUCUCCGCCGGCUCAUUCGAGCUCAGCGUGUUGGACGCUGCUCGUAAAUACAGCGACUUCUUUGCACUCAGCGCAACAGAAUGUUCCGUCUCCACUCUGAAGACAACGAUGCCAUCGUCGCUGGAGAGGCUGCUCGAAGAGUUUUGUCUACCAUCCUUUUCCGCAACCCGCUUCGGAUCAUGAAGUCCCUUCAGAAAUGCCCGCUCUGCUUGCUCAGUGUCCAAAUCCUACCUUUUGCUGCCUCGUCGCUGCACUUUUGUCUCUUCCUGGCUCUUUCUGGGUUUCACCAACGUUUCGUCUUCCUUCACACUUUGGAGAGAGCGUCACAAAGCAUCUGCUGGCACUUUGUGUUGGUGUGAUGGCAUCGUUUGCGCGGGAGAUCAUGGUUUCACGGCGAGGAGCCUCCGCUGGGGUUGCCAGUAGACGAAUUCGAGGAAUGGUUCGUUAGAGGGCG